GAAGAGCAUCCGUUCAUGUCCCUUUCUCCAUCUCCAACUCGCCAAGCUGGGGGUGUGGGUUAUGGGCUAAUUUACCUUCGCCUGGCUGCACGGUCGGCCUGUCGCGUAAAAUCGUCUUGACGUAUAGCGAGAAGGGAACAAAGGGGGGGAAAAAGAAGAAGAAGAAGAAAGAAAACAAGGCCAGUGGCUGUCCCACGCUUCGAACACAGCCUAGCCGUCACAGGUCGACAAGACGACAGGCUCUAGCAAAUAUCGGAAAUUUGGCAGGCAGGAAACCAACCAUUGAACAAAAUGGCCAUCCUCAUGCUGGCUGUGGUCGGCCUCGUCUCAUACUGGGUCGUUACCCUCAUCGCGGGACUGGUGGCCAACAUUGCGAAAGCAAAAAAGACAAAGCUGCCCUAUCUGGUCGUCUUCUGCUGCCCCGAUGGCAAUGUCUGGUACGAGGUCCAGAAACUAGUCCUGCCUAUCAUGAAGGCGCUGAUGCCAGCCUCAUGGUGGGACAACUGGCUCUUCAUCACGGAGAAAGACUGGGCGUAUCACAGCGGUCAGAGACCCUGGGAUAUGUUGGGUGAAUGCUUCUUUGCCGUGUCGCCGGGUACCAUCGUCAUGUACACGCGCAACCCAGACAUCAUCCAGAGAGUCAUGAGCCAGCGGGAAGCUUUCACGAAGCCGACCUACCUGUACGAGGUCAUCGCCAGGUAUGGCGAAAACGUCGUCACCACCGAAGGCGCCGUCUGGCGCAUGCACCGCCGUGCCACUAGCGUCAUCUUCACCGAGAGACUGGUGACCCGGGCCUUCGCCGAGGCCGUCCGCCAGACUCAGGCCAUGGUCCGGCACUGGGGUAGAAGCAACGGCGACGACAGCAAUGACGCGGUAGCCGCGACGGUCCAAGACCCGGCCAAGGACACCAUGACCCUGGCCCUAAACAUCGUCGGGUCUAUCGGCUUCGGAAUGCGCUUCCCCUGGCCGGGCGAGCCGCCGGCCAAGGAUGCUGACCCCAAGAUGCUCCAGUACACGACCGUCGUGCCCGGAAGCAAGCAUGCCAUGACUUUCCCCAUGUCUCUAGAGGCCGUUCUGGAACAUAUAUUGGCGCUGGUGAUAGUUCCCACCUGGCUGCUACGACGUCUCCCAUUUACCUGGGCUAGAACCGCAUCUGCCGCCGACGCGGCAUAUAAGCAUCACAUGCAGGAGCUCCUGCGCCAAAGAAAACAGGAGUUGCUGGAGAGUGCGGAGAGUCAGUCUAGGGGCGACGCGGAAAAACAGGGGGACAUUAUACAGUCCUUGUUGAAAUCGUCAAGCAGUAGCGGCGAUGAGAAAGGUGGCGCCGGGCUCCCGCUCACAGACACCGACAUCAUUGGCAACGCCUUCAUCUUGAUCCUGGCCGGGCACGAGACGUCAGGCGACGUGCUGCACUUUGCCCUCCUCUUCCUUGCCCUCCACCCAUCGGCCCAGCUCGCGCUGCAGGCGGAUCUGGACCGCAUCGCGGGGGUCGGCGCGGCGACAGCAGGGGACGGCAAGCCGCGGCCGCGGCCAUCGUGGGACCAGGUCGUCGCCAUGUUGUCAGGCAUGCCCGGUGCCGUCGUCAACGAGACGAUGCGCAUGAUGCCGCCCGUCGCGCAGAUCCCUAAGCACGCGUCCGGCGACCAGCCCUUGAUAGUGUGGGCCGGCGACGUCCGCGCGCCGGUCCAGUGCCUGGUCCCCGACGGCACCAUCGUACAGGUCGUCGCCGUCUCGGCCCACCGCCACCCGCGCUACUGGCCUCCCGCGCCCGGAAAGAGCGGCAGCGACGGGUGCGACACGGAUGAGUGGGUCCCCGAGCGCUGGUUCCGUCCCAGCAUCGCUCCCACUGCUGCCACGCCCACUCCCGCCACCGCCACCACUGAUGGCGACCAGCCCGGUGACGACGACGACGACAAUGACAACGAAGACGAGAGCGACGACUACAUGGGCGCCAUAGCCUUCCGCCCGGCACGCGGUGCCUUCAUACCUUUCUCGGACGGCGCGCGCAGCUGCCUGGGCCGCCGCAUGGCGCAGGUCGAGAUGGUAGCGGCGCUGGCGACGCUGAUCGGGUCGCACACCGUCGAGCUGGCCGUCGACGAGCUGGCGGCCGGUGGGGACGACGAGGUCAACGGCAUGGAUCCGGGGCAGCGCAGGGAGCUGUACGGCCGCGCCAGCGAGCGGGCGCGCCGCAUCAUCAGCGAGGCGUACAGCGUCAUCUCGCUCAAGCUGCAGGACGGGGCUCGCGUGCCCAUCAGGGUCGUGCCGAGGGGGAAGGAGAGGUUCGUGGGCGUUGUGUGAAGGCCUUGAUGGCAAGGUUUCUUUUUUUUUUCUUUUCGGCGUGGGCUUGUUAGAAUACCCAAUAUCAAGACAUGCUUUUUCACGAUAGAAAAUCAUUGCGGAGGACUAGUCACAGCUCAACGCAAAUAGGCACGAUAGAUUCUCACACUCAGCAACCUAAAACCACACAGCCCUUUGUGUUCAC